GGUUAUUCUCGAUCUUUCAGUCCACGACAUGACAGCUAUAAUCUCACCCAGUAGGGCGGUCAGCUUAGUAAAGGCUACCACGUUCGAUUUUUUCAACGAACGAAAUGACACAAUCCGCAGGUCUCUGAUACAGGAGCAUUGGAGACCAGACAUCACUUGCCAUACUCCUUUUGGCGACUUCAAAGGCUAUGAAGCGAUGGGAGAAUUGUGGAAGGCACUUCAUGCUGAUGAGAAGAGUGAAUGGAUAUUUAAACCGCGAGGGGACUUGUGGCUUAACGGAGAUGUGAUCAUGCAAAGCUGGACGUAUGGUAAUGCAGAUGGAAUGCCUGGAAUGACAGGCUGGGAUGUGAUCAUAUUGGACGGCGAUGGAUUGGUCAAGGAGCUCUAUGCUAUGAUCGAAGGCGUUCACACGCAUGAAUUCGCCUUGUAAGCACAGCACUUUUGCACUUCUGUACUGCUGAUGAUAGUCUCCUUGGGCGCGUGCAUAGUACUAAUGCUCAAUGACAUAUGCAUCACUAAUAACUAAAAUGAAGAUAACACUUG